CUUCAUUCAAUCAUUCAAUAAAGUAAACUUUCUGUGGGUGGCUGACGCUGAAGUUUUAAAAUUGUAAUUUACUUUUUCUCAUUUUAAAUCAAACUUUUUAUUAGUUAAAAGUUAACUUAUUAUUUAUUUAGUAUUCAGUAUUAAUAAUAAAUUAAAUCAUUGUGGCUUCUCGCCACAUUCAAUUCAUAAGUGGGAGUGUUGUUUAUUUUUACAACUUUUACAAAAUUCUUUCGCUGUCUUGUUUACAAUUUUGUGGAAAAUUGUAGCAAUGGCUGGUAAAAUUUACUUUGCAUUAGCACUGGUGUGCAUAGUACCGAUCGUGUAUGCUUGUAACGAAGCUAUUUGUGCGAGUGUGGUAUCAAAAUGUAUGUUAACUCAAUCUUGUAAGUGUGACUUGAAGGAUUGUUCUUGCUGCAAAGACUGCUUUAACUGCCUCAGCUACUUGUACAGCGAGUGCUGCAGUUGUGUUGACAUGUGUCCAAAACCAAAUGACACACAAACAGAGUUAUCAAAAACAUCCUACGUGGAGGAGUUAGCGGACGGCGUGCCUGGACUGUUUGCUGCUCUCACCAGUGACCCUGAUCCUCAGCAGAGGUGGCUUUCCAUCACAUACCCAGUAGACAUUGAUCUGUCAGCCUACAGAGCAGUUCCCGAUAAGACUGUGGUCUUCCAUUUACAGAGCGUGGAACAGGAAUCGGAGCCGGUGAGCCGCGACGUGGUGACACUCAACUGCACGGUCGCGUACAUGUCGCAGUGCAUGUCCAGCGACAAGUGCCGCGCGUCCUGCAGGUCUAUGGGCGCUAAUGGCUUACGGUGGUUCCACGACGGCUGCUGUGAAUGUGUAGGCGACAAAUGUUUCUCAUACGGAAUCAACGAGAGCAGGUGUUUGGCGUGUCCCGGUGGCAAGGAGACCGCAGUGAACUCUUUGGACGAAGAUCUGACUUACGACGAUCUGGAUUAUGGAGAAGAAGUAGAUGCACAAGCAGUGUAAAACUAUACUUUGUAUUUAUUUAUGUAGUUUAGUUAUAAACUUAAGGUAAAGUCUGCAUUGAUCCGCUUAUACCUGGCUAGUCUCAGCUUUACACCGGAGUGAAUAAUACACAUUCAUAAAAAAAUCUGUUUAGUAGUUUUUGGUAUAGUUUCAGUAGUUCAGUUGAAACAAUAAGAUCAAAAUAUUUUUAGUACAUAGUUCAAUUAUGAUGCUGACUAAUGCUUUUUCCAUCUUUCGAUGGCAGAUUCCGAUACUCUGAUACAUGCCUAAUUAAGCGAAUUGAUGUUGUAAAGCCUUUUCAGCCUUGAACAACUGGAUCCUUCCAGACUGUUGAGUAUAACUAUACAUAAUUUGAAAUUUUCUAAAAGGACGUUAUUGUCCCCAUCGUUAUUAGAUAUAACUUGCUUGCGUACCGUAAUGUAUUUAAAAUUUAUCAAGUCAACUUGACCGAAGACUAUUAUAUUACAAGCCUUCGUCUACUAAAUUCUGCCUUAAGAUUAGUGUAUCUACUUGAAGUCAGAAAUCCUUGUAUGUAUGUAGUCUUUCCAAAAAAAGAUUCCGUCGGAAUUUCAGUACACGUCUAUAGUUAU